AUGGAUCCGGCCCUCAUGGAGCAGUAUGCGAACUACCUCGACGAGAUGGAGCGGUCCGACCCGAAUGCGUACAAGGCCUUCAUGGAGGAGAUGCGAUCCAAGGUCACGGCCGGCGGCGACGGCCUCUCGAUGGAAGCCCUGCAGGCAGCCAUGGCAUCGGCGCCAGCGUCCAACGGAGCGAACGACGAUCUUCGCUUCCCUGGCAACAAAGUCAUGCAGUCGGAAGGCCUCGCCGAGCAGAAGGAAGGCAUGUACGUUGACGUCGAGCCCGGCUUUGUCAUGAAGACCAAGGAGCUAGCGUCCAAGACCAAGCUCUUUGUCAACUUUUGUACCUGCGAACACAUCAAGAUCUUCUCCAAGCAAAAGAAGCUCGACGAGAACGGCGAGGAGCAAGAAGGGAUCCACGUGCCUCUGAGCCUCGGGCCUCCGCACGAGGUCUUGGACCAUGCCAAGAAGACGUGCUUGGCCAUCGACGUGGCCGUGAACCCACAGGUUGUGCUCGACGCGGACGCCGACAGCUCGGGCACGUUUCGUAACUUUUUGUGCGAACUUGCGAUCCAGUACAUUGAAGAAAAAUACAAGUUCCAAGUUGACCCGCAGUACAAGCUGCCCAAGCUCUCGUACCGGGGCGAGCUGCCCCCCGCCAAGCACUACAUCCGCAAGGCCCAGACGCCGACGAUCGAAGAGCCGCUCAUGGGUAUCUUGAUGGAAUCUGUGGCGUCCAACGAGUGGCGCGUCUGUGCACAAGUACCGGCGUGCGAAGGGGGUCCGGCCUUGUCGAAGGCGCACCUCGCUAGUGCACCACGCCACCUCCAGAUGCGGUUCGAAUUUCCAUCCGCAGUAACCAGCCCCAAGGACAUUCAGGUUCACGCCCGCGCCGAGUACCUCGUGGUGAACGUGCCUGGCUACGUCGAGCAUGCCACGUACCUGCCGUACCCUAUCGAUGCGAGUGGGGUCACAGCAGACUACGCGGCGGCCAACCAAGCGCUCACGAUUGCGAUGGCUGUGGAUGCAACGUUCCACGCCCAGCAGCUCGCGCCAGAUGCGGGAUCGGCGCCAUGGAUGCUUUCGCAGGCUCUCGACGACGGCAGUGACGACGUCAGGAAAGAACCGUCGCUUGCAGACAAGUUUCAACUUGAACCCACAGUGCUCCCGGCGACAGUCGAGAGUCCGAUUACAGAAGAAGACGAGCUACCGGAAGACCGCUUCCACCGCAAGGACAUGUUGUCGAUGCACAUUUUAGACCAGCGCAAGGCGGAUCGGGCCGAGAAGGCGAAAAAGUCCGAAGACGAGCGCAAAGCGCGCAAGGCUGAGAACGACGUCAAGGUUGCAGCCGCCAAGGCGGCCGGCAAGACGUGGCGGGAAAUGUACCCCAACGAGCCCGAGACGACGUUUGUCGACCUCGGCGAGAUGCUGCAGAAAGAGGCGGCGACGGUCAUCGCCGAGCCGCAAGCGAUGCCCGAGUCGGAGAUCGCCAAGACCGUCAAGACCGAGUGGACAGGUGCGACCAAGAUGGAGUUUGCGAGCAGUUUGGCGUUCGAGUUGCUCGAUUGA